UCCAUCGUGGUGGGAUUGCUGAGAUGUGCUGUGCAGACUCAGGAAUUGAAUUCGACAGUCCUUGUGGGUCCCUUCCAACAUAGGGAGUUCCAUGAUUCUGGUCUAGAAUUAGGCUGUGGGAAGCUGUGACCAGGUGGGGUUUGAGAAUCUCCCCAACUUCCCAGCAGCUUGGGAGUCUGCUCUCGUUUUACCAGCCCUCACAGGAAAAAAAAAAAAGGUUUUUCUUUUAAGUGACAUUUGCUGUUCUUGCUUUGUUCUUGUCUCAGUCCUUACUGGGACACUCCCUGCUCGAAGGGUUGGCUCCCUGCACCCUCCUGCCAGGGCUUACCUGGGUGCCAUCCCCCUACACCUUCUCCUACACCUCUCCUUGUGGGAGGUGCAGUCCCCUCAUCAUCAUCAGGGAAUAUCCUUCUGUGGAGAUACUCAAAAAUCAUCUGGACACAUCUUCCAGGGAGCCCUUGUGGAGCAGAGGGGUGGGAUGAGGUGACCUCCUGUCAUGCCUUCCAUUCUGUGCUAUACUGUGAUCAUCAUCACUUGAUCUGUUCCAGUAUGUCCACAUCUCGUACUGGGAGCACCAGCAUCCCUAGUGCACAGGGGAGGGGUCAGAUCUGUGAGAGAGGCGUUGCCCGUGGCACCCAGGAGGCCAGUGGCUACUGUGCCAGUGGCCAGCUUGGUGCUGCCAAGGUUCCUGGGCAGGGCUCCUGCCCUCCAGCAUGCCUGGACUGGAUGAUGUGGGACUGCUGGUCGUCACUGGGCCUGGCUGGCACUGGGGGAAGGAGCUGAGCCUGUGUUUUACUGCCCCUGAUGCAAUCCCGCUGCAAUCUGCCUUCCAAGGCCGUUGGCUCAGUGGAAGGAUCUGCUCGAUGGGGCCCCUCUCAGGGGACUGUGGCAGCAGAGGGGAGAGGGGUCCUGUGGGGUAGCAGGCUCUUCUUCCUCUGCCCAGGUAGGGAAACCAGUGGGGUCAGUAGUUGCCAUCGCCAGGCAACACUGGUGGUGAUCUGUGGGCUCUGGCUGCCAAGCUGUGCUUCUUCCAGGCUCAGCCCUUGCUGGGGCUCUGCCAGGAAUGUUUUGCCCCAGGACUGACCUGGCUGUGACCCUGGAGCUGUGCCCCUUCACCCCUCGGCAUUCAUGAGCUGGGUGCUGAGAUGCUCCUGCCAGCUGGAGCGGAGCAGGUAGGGUGAAGGCUGGCUCCUCCUGAUAGCAUCUUGGGAUCCUCAGGCUCCAGGGGGACCUCAGAGCCCCUUCCAGUGCCUAAAGGGGCUCCAGGAGAGCUGAAGAGGGACUAGGGACAAGAGCUUGGAGUGACAAGACAAGAGGGAAUGACUUCCCACUGCCAGAGCGCAGAGUGAGAUGGAAUAUUGGAGAUACAGCUGACUCCCAGCUCAGCUGUUCUCGCUGGCCAGAGUGCAGCCCACUGCCAACCCUGCACCCAAAGUCUCCCACUCUCCUUAUGCACAGGGACUGGCAGAGCCCCCAUAUCCCUGGCAGAGGUGCCAGCUUCCCCACAGGGCUGGCAGCAUCUCUGGCUCUGCAGGAAGUGUCCUCAUCCCACAGCAAGCCAACACAUUCCACUGGGCUGUGCCCCAUCCCAGUCAGUGUCACCCACCGUCUUGUUCUGCGUGGAAAACGGGCUGAAGAAGAGAGGUUCAGUGGGGAAACGCCGAAGGUCUCCAUGGGGCACCCGGCUCCAGCUGCUGCUGAGGUGCCGGCAGUGCUGCUGACAGGAUCGCGCUGCCUGUCCCAGUCAGGACAGCCUGGCCAUAAACCCACUGCCUGGCCAGGGGGCUGAUAACAGCGGGGCCGAAGUCCAACGCAGGCAGCUCCAGGGGAGCACAUUCCAGCCCGGGGCUCCCAGUGUGGCCUCUUCCAGCUCCGUUUUACCGUGGCGGUGGCCGGGAUGGCUGCAGGCAGGCAGGCGAUGCUGGCCCUCCUGAUGCUGCUGGCCAGAACCGUCCUCCCCAGUGGAUCCGUGGUUGUCAACAGCUGCAGCAGCGCAGCUGAGCAGCUCUGCAACUUCGUCUGUGACUGCAGUGACUGCUCGGAUGAAAACCAGUGUGGGUACCUAUGGGGCUCAGCAGUGCUGGGCACCCCCUUCACCUGUGACUUCGAGGACAGUGACUGUGGCUGGCAGGAUGUGGGCACCUCGACGUAUGGAUGGGUGCGAGGCCGGGCCAGCCUGGCCAUGUGGGGCAUGGGGCCUCAUUCAGACCACACCGUGGGCACUGACCUGGGUUGGUUCUUGGUGACCAUGUCCCCCCCAGCAAAGACCGCGGCCACAGCCUGGCUCAGGUCACCAGAGAUGCGGGAAGCAGCUGCCACGUGUGAGAUCAGAACCUGGUAUCACCUCUCAGGGAGCUGUGAGAGCACCCAAGGGCUGAACCAGACAGAGCGGCCGGUGCUGCGCCUGGCUGUGGCACACAAGGAUGAGGUGGUGGAGCUGUGGCAGAGCCCUGAGCGCAGCAGUGAGGGCUGGCACCAGCUGGUUGCCUACCCCGGACGGAUCGUGGAGCAGUUCCAGCUCAUCUUCUCUCUGACACAACCACCCACCUGCAGGGCAGAGGUGGCACUUGAUGACAUCAUGUUCAGGAACUGUGGCUUACCAGAGGCUGGGCAGCAGGCCUGCGGGGCCCAGGAGAGCCGCUGCCACCGUGGCUCCUGCCUGGCACAGCGUCGUUUCUGCGACGGCACCGACGACUGCGGGGACAACUCGGACGAGGGCGCGGCGCAGUGCAAGAACUUCACCCGCUGCUCCUUUGACUAUGAUCUCUGUGGCUGGGAGACGGUGGCUGGGCCACCAGUGUGGGACAGGAACACGAGCUUGAACCUGGGCACCUCCUACAGCAUUCCCACUCGGGACCACAGCAACAACAGCAGGGCUGGUUUUUUCCUCCAUGUGAGCAGUGACCCCACUGCACAGACUGGUGGCACAGCUCAGCUCAGCAGCCCCACCUUCCAAGCCACCAACUCCUGUUCUCUCGUGCUGUACUGUCACCUCCAUGGCUCAGCUACCAGCAACCUCAGCAUCUCCUAUGUGACCAACUCUACCAAGCACCUGAUGAGGGAAAGGACAGGAGACCUGGGCAGCUGCUGGGUCCGGGAGAGAGUGGACUUCAACGUGAUGGAUCCCUUCAAGGUGCUGAUUGAGGGGGUGGCUGGCAGCGGGGGGACCGUGGCCAUCGAUGACCUGAUCCUGUCUCAGGGCUGUGUGAAGGAGCAGGAGAAGCCUGUGGUGACACUGCCGAGCCAGGCAGGCGCCGGCCUCUGCGCAGCAGACGAGGUGGCCUGUGACAGCGGGGAGUGCAUCGCCGCAGAGCUGGCCUGCGACUUCGCUGACACAUGCGCCGAUGGCUCCGACGAGAAGCGCUGUGGGACAACAACCUUCGAGUCAGGGACUGGGGGCUGGCAUGAUGUCAGCGUGGGGCGGCUGCGCUGGGGUCUGCAGAAGGUCGCUGAAUCUGACAUCUUCCUCACAGGGACUUUCCUGGCCCUUCAGACAGGAGAAGGACAGAUGGUGGGUCCUGCGAAGGCACGAUCGCCUCUGCUGGGCCCCUCUGGCCCUGCCUGCACCAUGGAGAUGAGCUACCACAUCCACAGUGACCCCCAAGGCUUCCUUUCCAUCAGUGUAACAGAUCACACCACUGGCACCACCCAGCUGGUCUGGCAGACACAACAUCGUGGCAGCACAACUGGGGGUCGUGUCCGUGUCUCUCUGGGGGAGAGAAGCCGGCCUUUUCAGGUCGAGCUGCUGGCACUCGUGGAUCUCCAGGGCUCGGCGAGUGUCAGUGUUGACAACGUGACAUUUGAGCAGUGCUACCUCAACACGGUGUCUCCCACAGCUGCAGAGUUGUCCUGCAACUUUGAGAGAGGCAUGUGUGGCUGGUACCAGGAUCUGUCCAGUGACUUCAAAUGGGUCCACAGCACAGGGCAGGGACAGGGCUCUGACCACACCACUGGCUCAGGCUAUUUCUUGUCCGUGGACUGCUCUGUGCCAUGGAGCCAUGGGCAGCGGGCCCAGCUCCUCACCUCCCGCCAGGAGCCGGCCGCUGCCCCACGCUGUCUCUCCUUCUGGUACCGUCUGGCCGGCCCACAAAUUGGUACCCUGAACCUCAAGCUGUGGCCAGAGGGAGGGGAGGAGGUGGUGCUGUGGACCCGCCGAGGAACCCAGGGCAGCAUCUGGCACCGGGCAUGGGCAACACUGCCCUCCACGGGCCAGCAGCGGUACCAGGUGGCUUUCGAGGUGCUGCACGAUGGUUUCCUGGGGGACGUGGGGCUAGACGACAUCACGCAGACAGCAGGAGCCUGUGGGGCCAAGCUCUCCUGCUCCUUCGAGGCGGAGGACUGUGGGCUGGCAGCCAGCGGAAAGGGCACCUGGCAGCGACAGAGCAACAGCACUGGCACCACCGCUGGCCCUGUGGCCGACCACACCACCGGCACCGCCGCAGGCCAUUACAUGGUGGUGAACACGGGCAGGGUCUCCCUGCCUGCAGGGCACAUGGCUGUCCUCACCUCCCAGCCCUACCCGUCCUCUGUGUCCACCCAGUGCCUGGCUUUCUGGUACCAGCUGAGUGCUGGGACUCCAGGCUUCCUUAGGGUGUUCGUGGAGCAGAGCAGGGUGAGGAAGAAGGUUAUGAGUAUGAGCACCAUGGAAGGGAGCAACUGGCACCGCAGCCAUGUCACUGUCCAGCCCGUUGGUGACUGGCAGGUGGUGUUUGAGGCAGUGGGAGCUGGGGGUGACCACGGAUACAUUGCACUGGAUGACCUGCACGUGUCGGUGGGAGCCUGUCCCAAGCCAGCAUCCUGUGACUUUGAGCAGGACACUUGUGGCUGGAGCAGCCCCUCGGACCCCCGCUUGCACAGCUUUGCCUGGGGCUGGAAGAGUGGGAUCACCCUGGCCAAGUACCCUGGCCCUGAGCAGGAUCACACCCUGGGUACAAGGAACGGUCACUACAUGCACUUUGACACCAGCGUGCUGGGUGCCAGGGGCACCAGUGCCCUGCUGGAGAGCCCACCCCUGCCCGCAGCCACCGACUCCUGCCUACGCUUCUGGUACCACAUGGACAUCCCGGAGCACCUCUCCAGUGGGGAGCUGCGGGUGACGCUGCAGGGCACGGCGGGGCAGCGGGCGGUGUGGAGCGUGGCGGGGCACCGCAGCCGGGGCUGGCAGGGCGCCGUGGUGCCCGUGCAGAGCCCCAGUGAGUUCCAGAUCAGCUUUGAGAUCACCACACGGAGGUGGCCGAUGGAGGGGACAGUGGCACUGGAUGAUAUCAUGUACAGCACCAGGAUGGGCUGCCAUUCCAGCCCGGAGAGCCCAGUGGAAGAGAAGCCCUCCGGCAGUUUCGUGGCGGAGGUGGCGCUCAGUGUGCUCCUGGCCCUCGUCAUUGUGGCGCUGGUGACUGCUGGGGGCUGGUACUGGCUGAAACAGCGAAGGGUGGCGAGCAGGACACCGACAGAGAGCAACACUUCCCAGGGCUUCGACAACAUCACCUUCCGAGAUGACAAGGUCAUUAUAUCUCCACGGGAGGGGGAUGAGUCUUGAAAUUAGCAGCCAGCAGCAGGAAUUGCCUGCUCCCCCCUGGGCAGACCACCUCGACAGGAACCCACACUCCAUCAGCUGCCUGCUCUCUGCCCCCGGCGCCGGGGAGCGGGGACCCGGGGAGCCUGCCCCGCCCAGGGACACUCCGCUGUCAUCACUACCUCCAAGUGCUCCGGAAAAGCGUUUGUGUUGUUUGUAACAUGAACUUUUUGCUUACAAGACACAGCAAUGCGCCCGUGCUUUGGCAGGGGGCACGAGUCGGAGUUCUCACAGUGGCUGUCCCCACCCAGAGUUCUGGCCAUGGAAGGGGGGGUGAAGUGUGGGGUCCUGGCCCCCAGAGCUGGGAAGAGCAGUGGGUGCUGCAGAGGGUGUGAGCCAC